AUGUCUUCAUCAGAGACUAGUUUCAUUGCAUCAUUAAAUAAUGUGAUGCUUCAGAUUAAUCGUUAUUGUACAAUAUUUAUUCUUCUAUUUGGUUUUGUUGGAAAUAUUCUAAAUAUAUUAGCUUUAUCACAACGAAAUCUUCGUUCAAAUUCAUGCGGUUGGUAUUUUCUAACAUCAUCUAUUGCCAAUCUGAUUUCAAUUAUUUCUGGUCUUCUUACACGUUUAUUAUCUGGUUGGAAUAAUGAUCUAACGGAAACAAUUGAUUGGCUAUGUAAACUUCGAGCUUUUGUUGUAUUUUCUUCUCGAACAAUUGCCUUGUGGCUUAUCAUGUUUGCAACAAUUGAUCGUUGGCUUUUGUCAUCUGCUAAUGCUCAUUAUCGACGGUUGAGUACAUUAAAAAAUGCUCGACGAAUUACAUUCAUUGUUGUAUUUAUUUUUUGUCUUAUGUAUGUUCAAAUGUUUUAUUGUUAUCAAGCAAAUUUAUCGGAUACACCAUUAAAGUGUUAUGGAAAAACAGAUAUAUGUCGUCAUAUUAACGAUCUCAUCUAUAUAUGUAUUGCUAUCUUAUUACCAAUAAUCUUCAUGUUAAUAUUUGGCUUAUGGACAAUAAUAAAUAUACACCAAUCACAAAAUCGUAUACGAGUGGUGACUAGUGAACCGCAUCGCAAUAUAAGAAGAAACGAAGAGUUGUUAAAAAAGAAAAGUAAUCGUUCUCUUCUGAAAAUGCUUUUAGUUGAAGUUAUCAUCUUAAUUUUAUUAAUAUUUCCACAAGCCAUACAAAAAUUAUAUGCAACAAUAACACUUGAUGAAAAUAAAUCUGAAUAUAAUAAAGCUAUAGACGAUUUUGUUUACAAUUUUGCUCUUUUAUUGACUUUUAUCGCAAGUGGAAUGCCAUUCUAUAUUUACACACUAUGUGGUGGAUCUGUUUUUCGAAAAGCAUUAUUCAAUGUUUUUAAAUGUUAA